CAAUUAUAAUGACACCAACAACAUCAAAAACCAGAAGCAACAAAUCAGAAUUAAAAGAACCAGAAACAACAAAAACGUUAGAAACACCAAAAACAUCAACAUCCUCCUCCUCUUCUUCUUCCUCAUCUUCAACAACAACAACAGUAUUACUCCCUAAACAAAGAAGGCAAAUAAGCCAAAUUAGUGGGUCUAAAAGCUAUAAGGAGGCAAAUAAUGGAUUGCUUCAAAAUGAGAAUAUUUGCGAAGCUGAGGUGAAAAGUGAAGCAAAUAACAACGAAGCAAUACUUAAUAAAAUUGGAAAUAAUUUUACUAUUGUAGUUGAAGAAAAUGGAAUUAAUAAAGAAAGAAAUCGAGAAGACGAUGUAGACGAAAUUCUCUCCCUUUGUUCUUACAAAACAGCGAAUUCACGCCUCGCGAAUUCCUCUUCCCCUUCAAACUUCCCAGUUUCUGCUAACAAUGUAAACGGAAACGGAAGCAAUGGCCAUUCACAAAGUGAAAUGUUUAGUGCCCAAUCAAUUGACAGUCUAAACAGUAUUUCAUUUGCUGAUUCCUACAAAACAAGUUUAAGAAGUCCUCCGCCAUUUUUCGACAACGACGAUGACUUUUUAACACCUACAAGUACAAUGGAUGGACACUUUUUUAAUCAGAAUAUUUAUAAUAAUUUUAUUAAUCAAGUGCAAGAUGAAAAUGAAGAACUUGGAGAAUUUGAUUCUAGAGCUAGAACGCCGACUGCUAAAAGUCAUACACUCGACUAUGACACGCUGCAAUUGGAGAAUCAACGUUUAACAGAAAAAUGUCGCCGUUACAAAAAUGAACGGCAAAGGUGGACAGAAUGGUUGGCAAGAAGGGCAACAACAAUAUCAGGAACAACAACCCCAACAAAUGGAAAAGACCCAAAAUUGCAAAUUGAAAAUAAUAAUUUAAAUGCUUUACAACAAAGAAGGCAACGUCAACAACAGCUAGCGGUAGAUGCAUUAGCAGAGCUGGAAUCUAUUGUUAACGAAUAUCGAGAAGAAAAUGUUGCUUUAAAAUCAGAAUUGCAACAGCAACUUAGGGAACAAAAUUUAAAUGCCCGUUCAUUUAACCACGAACAACAACUUACUGAACAACUAGUUUCCGCCGAACUAAUAAACGCCCAAUUAAGACAAGAACGGGAUGAAUUGCAGCAAGAGAUUGAUGAGAUUCAAGAUCAAUGUCGAAUGGAAGAAAUUGAAGAAUUUCGAGAAUUACAACGUGAAUUGGAUCUUAACGCAAAGAAUUGUCGAAUUCUGCAGUUUAAAUUGAGAAAAUCAGAAAGGCAGAGAGAACAAUUACAAGCUGAAAGGUGUGUGCUUGUAUCGAGAUGUGAGGAACUGCUUGAUAAAAAUAAUAAAUUAAUUAAAAAUGAAGAAAAAAGUGAAGAGGAAAAAUCAGAAGAAAUAUCAGAAGAACAAAAAUUUGCACAAAUGGAACAAGAAUUACACGUUGCAAAACAAAUUUCAAUAAAAUUACAAAAUGAAUUAGAAGCAGCAGAAGAGCGUCGCUGCCGUCUUGAAGACGAACUUUUUUACAAUAGGGAAAAAGUUAGGGAACUUCUUGCGCAAAAUAAGUGGAGGGAAGCGAAGAAUAAUAGGGAACAACAGCAAAAUAUAAGACCAAGAGGUGAAGCUCUAAUAAUCUCCUCAGCCGCUUUAAUGGUUGAUGGAAGCAGCCAUGUUAGUGCCAGACCUGAGCAUUUUGAGGAGGAAGAAGAACCAAAAGAGGUAGCAGAAAUACAACGAGAAGUUAGGGAUUCGAUGGAGCGUGAAGCUGAUUUGAGAGAACAAUUAAGAUUCACUGAAGCUGAUUUACAAAGAACUAGAAACAGAAUGAGAGAAUUGGAAACUGAAAAUGAUGAUUUGCUACAAAAGUAUACUCGGUUGGCAGAUCAACAAGCACAAAAUCUGUCAAUGCUUCCGGGAGGCUUAUUAACCCCUAAAAGGCCUAGUCUUUUUAGAAGCAUUAGGCAAGGCAAUGAUUCUAAAAUGUUAACAAAAGGAAUUAUUAGCGGUAAUAACCGGCUUAAUCAAGGAGAGCAAUCGCCCAAAAAAUCUCAAAGAAGUGCUUCUCAUUGUAAUGAUACAAAAGAGGCUAGCGAGAUAAUUAGAAGUGUAGGGAAGGAAGACAAUACAAUUGUAGAUACGGAACAACUCUGCUACAUGUUAGCAGCAAUGGAUGCCCAAGCAAACCGAAUUUGUAAACAACUCGAAAAAAUAGAAGGAAGUGGAAACAAGGAAGAAAGACGUCGUUCACUUAAGGGAGGAGAAAUUGCUUCAGUUUUGGAAGAAUUAGCUAGGCUUUUGAGUGAAAUGAAAGCAAUUAAAGAACAAUUGGCACAUUCUCAGAAUAUUUCCCUAACAAAAUCAAUGAUUCUUGGAAAUGUAUUAGGCGAUAACAAUACUAAUGAUUGUGGGAAAUCAAAACAGGAAUUUGAAGAUGGAUCUAGUAAACCUGUAGGGAAUUGUGUGUGUACUGUAUGUGAGGAGAAGGAGAGAAAAAUUCGUGAAUUUGAACAAAGUUGCGAUUUUUACAAAAGAAAAAAUGGGGAAUUGACUGAACAGGUUUUACAAAUGCGCGAUCAGUGGGCUAAAGAAUUACAAAAGGCUGAAGAAGAUGCUAACACUCAAAAAGCUUUAGCAGAAAAAGAAACAACUAGUUUGCGAAAUGCUCUUGAUAAACAAAUUACGGAAACACAAUCGGCUAGGGAUUUGUUAGAAAAUAUACGUGCAGAAAAUGUUACACUCCGAAAGGCAAUGGCAGAACGCGAAGCAGAAUUAUCUCAAGCAAAAGAAAAGGCUGGAGGGUUAGAAAAAGGAUUAGAUCAGAGUCGGAUUUGGGAGUCCCGUUGUAAAGAAGCUAAAGCAGAACGGAUAAGAUUACAAGCAGAACUGACACAAUUAAGAAUGAGAACAGACGAAGCUUUGCAAGAAUUGGAAAAAAUGCGCGCAACACACCAACAAAAAGAGAUUGUUUGGAUUAGAGAAAAAUUAAAAUUGGAAGAUUUAUUAAAACAAUCAAAACAACAGCACCAACAACUCUCUUCCCCAAAAACAUCCAUCGAAAAAAUAAUUCCAGUUGUUGUUCAAAUGUCAAAACCUAGCGUGAAUAUGUGUUGUUCGCCUAGCAAACAAUUGGAAAGACAAACUGAUUUAGUUGAAAAUAAUAAUGUUAAGCAGGAAUGUGUGAAAGUUGAUUACAAACAGAUAGCAGACAAUGCCCUACGCGCCGCCGAAUCAUUACAGCGUCAAUACAGAGAAUAUCAAAGCCAUUAUACCGCAGAAGUCGAAAGAUUAAACGCCAGAUUAAAUAAUUUAGAACGAGAACAACACCAAAAACGAUUAGAAAAGUGUGAAGAAAAGAAGUUAAAUCAGGCUUUUCCUACUUUUGGUUUACAAGUGAAUAGAAUACCCAUGGCUGAGAGCCCUUCAAUGAGUUCACUAACCGAAAACACAACUUGGGAUAGUCGUCUACUAGACUGUUCAAUGGCACGCUCAGUUUCCCCUUUCAAAUUCCCUCGAGGAGCAUGUACUACCCCAACAUCAGUGAAAGCUUGCCGAAUGGAUAACAUUUUGUUUAGAAGUCAAGGAGCAGAAAAAAUAAUUUCUGGCGAGUUUGGAAGUGAUGAAGACAGUACUGCUAUGGCUGCGGCAAAUGCUGCUGCUAGUACUAAUAAAGCUCAUAGAGAGUAUAGAAGGACGAGCAGUUCAGGAACCAACAUUCUUUACCGAAUACGACGUGAAGAACUUUCCAAAGGAAAAUGCCCCUCAGUUCGGCAAAUGGCCAAGGCAUUCGACUCUUUCGAACAAACACGGUUAAAUGAAAAAGAAGCAGCUGCAGAAGAAUCGCGUAGACGUAAAGAGGAAAAAUCAAACAAAACAAAAAAUUCUUCGGGAUUAUUUGGACUGUUAAACAAAGCAUCUUCAAUGGACCAAUCCCUUUCAAGUGCUGGUAGAAAAUUGCCCCCAUCAAAGGCUAAAGCUAAACGACGACCUAGCGAUCACCAAGCGGCAGCAUUACAAAAUGAACUGUUGCUAACGAAAAAUAAUAGCGGGGAGAUUGCUCCACGUGGAGGGAGGAAUCCGUUUAAGGUGAAAUAUAAUUUUGGAUUUAAUCUGGACAAAAUUUCUGAGAAAUUUUAUUAA